GAGGUCAGCGGGGUCCAAAGCACCCUGCCGGCUGACGCCUCUAUGGCUGUACCACCAUGUGAGUCAGAGAGCAUUGACAAAACCUGCCAAAGGCCACCAAUUGCAUUGUGUCGGCAGCACCAGCAAGCCAAACCCAGUGGUGCUACCCUCCCUGCUCACCCAAAUCUACCCGGCAACAGAGGAG